AUAUCUAAAAAUAAACUUUUAUUUCAGUACUUUGUGAGCUGGCUAGGAGUAGCCGCUCAUUCUGCGAACUGAGUGGGCGUACUGAAGCUACCAUAGGAGAUGUAAUUAUAGCCCUCGUCGAAAUGGGUAUCGAUAUUGAAUCUAUCGUGCCCUAUGCGAAACGACCAAACAGAAUAACCCUACCAACUCCUGCAUCACUGCCUAGGUCAUCAAUAUCUCGAAUUCUUCAAGCAGGGGAAAAGCGAUCUCUGCCGAGUUACAUACCGGAACAUUACCCACCAUUUCCAGAUCCUCAUACUUAUAUAAGGACUCCUACUCAUCGGCAACCUAUUACUGAAUAUGAAAUCAUCAGGGAGAAAGCUGCCACUCAAAAAAGAGAUAUUGAAAGAGCACUUACCAGAUUUAUUGCUAAAACUGGUCCUACUCAGUCUUUAUUUCCAGAUGAUGUAACACUUUUUCCACUUAUUGCAUGCAAGCCAUCUCCCAACCCCUAUUUUUCAGCACUUCUGUUCACAGACCAAAUAUUUGAGGAGGAAGAUACAGAUAAUUCAAAUAAAACUCCAUCUACUCAAUAUGCUCAUGAAGAUGCAGAAAAUCAGAAAGAUUCCACUACUGAUAAUGAUAUUAUGGAUAAUCCUUAUCUUAGACCAGCAAAGCUUCAGAGAAAAAGAAGAAAGUGAAACACAUGCUUCAUUUUCUUUUUUCACGAUUUUUGUUUCAUUUUCAUGAUUUCCAUUUAAUGAUAAUUUAUAUUCAUACCAUUUAUUAAUGUAUAUUCAUAUCCAUC